AACUAAAGUACAUAGCAUUAAAUACUUUCUGCAAUUGACUGUCGAUAAUCUAAUAAUUUUAAAUCUAAAAUAACCUUUUUGUCUUAUUUUACAUUCUAGGUACACCAAAAUGAAGACGGCCACCAAUAUCUACAUUUUCAAUCUUGCCCUAGCAGAUGCCCUUGCAACAAGUACCCUGCCAUUUCAAAGUGUGAACUAUCUCAUGGGUACAUGGCCUUUUGGAAAUAUUGUGUGUAAAAUUGUUAUAUCAAUAGACUACUAUAAUAUGUUCACAAGUAUUUUUACCCUAACUACAAUGAGUGUUGACCGAUACAUAGCAGUCUGCCAUCCAGUGAAAGCUCUGGAUUUUAGAACACCACGAAAUGCCAAAAUUGUCAACGUCUGCAACUGGAUACUGUCCUCAGCAAUUGGUUUACCUGUUAUGUUUAUGGCAACAACAAAAAAUGACAGAGGAUCUACCGAUUGUGCUCUUAUCUUUCCCCAUCCAUCAUGGUACUGGGACAACCUUCUAAAAAUCUGUGUCUUUAUCUUUGCAUUUAUAAUGCCUGUCCUUAUCAUCACUGUAUGUUAUGGAAUGAUGAUCUUACGACUCAAGAGUGUCCGUAUGCUGUCUGGCUCCAAAGAGAAGGAUAGAAAUCUAAGAAGAAUCACCAGGAUGGUAUUGGUUGUAGUAGCAGUGUUCAUAGUCUGCUGGACUCCUAUCCACAUUUAUGUGAUAAUUAAAGCUUUGAUCAAUAUCCCUCCUUCUCUCUUUCAGACAGUGACCUGGCAUGUAUGCAUUGCUCUAGGUUACACAAAUAGCUGCCUUAAUCCAGUCCUUUAUGCUUUUCUGGAUGAAAACUUUAAGCGGUGUUUCAGAGAAUUUUGCAUUCCAACAACUUCAACCAUUGAGCAGCAAAACUCAACCCGUUUGCGUCACAAUACCCGUGACCAUGUGUCCACUGCCAACACAGUGGAUAGGACUAACCAUCAGGUAUGA